AUUGGGCUCCCGGGCCGCGAGUUGACCGCCCGGCCGGCCGGCACCCCGUGAGGCUAACUUGCGGGCGCGAGUCAACGACGCACUUGUUGCCCCGCUCUUGAUGUCGGAUUUUUGACAUCGGACCGCGAGCGGAAGUCGAUCGGCUAUGUUUUGGGAUGGACAGUCGGACGACCGACCGUUGCUCUGCCCUUCCUUCUCGUUAUCGAGAAAGGGGCCCACUGCUCGAAGCUGUGGCCGGCCCCACAGCCUGCUUUUGCUUUACAGGAAGAGCCCAAGGAAAGGCCCAGGCAAAUUGUUCACUCAUGGUUUGUGUUUGGCGCGCAUGUUGAUGCUUGUGGUAGUCUUCGGCGACCGCAGGGCCUGCGACUGAUGUGGUUUUUGCAACGUGCCGGGUAUCAUAGAAGGAAGCGAGCGACGCACUUUCGCUCUCGCGUAUUAGAACGCCAGUGAUCUGCUCUGCAAUACAAUUCAAGAAAAAAAGGCGAUAGACAGCAACUUGUAAAGCACAUGGCACACGAGGCCAGCUGGACUGCCUCAAGCUGUAUCAGGUUUGGUUGGAGCGGCCGCCCCGUUCUUUAAUUACAGACAAGACGAAGCGCGUUGGAUGCGAUGGGCUCGAAGCGUAUUGCUGUGGUCGCUCCAUUGAAAUUGAUUUGGAAGCCAAGGCUGCGAUGUUGCUUCGAUUCAUUUGGGCCCCGAAGAAGAAAACGGC